UAGCAGAAGAAGACAAAGCUAGAAAGCGGAAGUCUCUCUCCGCGGGUCGAAUCGCGACUUGAUUUCGUUGGGAGACAAAAACAUCAAACAAGGACCAAGGUUUGGGCACUUUGCAAGAACCAUGGCGUCCUACGGGGAGAAUCAGAAGGAGGAGGAAGUGGAGCGACCUUGUGGAGCAAGAGAAGAGAAGCAGCGACAUCCGGACGACAUUUCCUCGCCUCCGCUCGUCUUGUACAACCAAGAUCAUCAAGGGGAGGGCUCCGGUUCGAAGCAGGAGCGUCCGCUGAAGCCGCACGUCAAUGAGGAAACCGACCAUCCGGAGAUGCUCCGCGUCAAGGAGGAAGAUGAGGAGUUUGACGUCAGCCGGCUGCCACUGAACGUCGUCGUGGUGAAGACCGAAUACGACAGGGAGGACGAGAGUCCGGAUGAAGCGCAAAGGGCAGGCCAACCUGCAGACAAGCUCUUUCCUCUACUGUCGCACCGGGAAGAUGCAGAUGAACCUUUGCCCAGCGACGACGGUGGCCACCAACGCUUCGAAAAGGACACAACCGAGGUGGGAGCUCCCGCGCACGACGGUGAUUUUAUCUGCUCGGUUUGUGGCGAAAACUUCACUGAGGUGGACGCUGAUCGCCACAUGAAAGGGCACGCCGCCGAAAAACCUUUUGGCUGUUCCAUUUGCGGCCAAACAUUUGCAGAAAAGGUGGAGUUGAUCGUCCACAAAGUAACGCACGCCGCGGAAAAUCCUUUCACUUGCUCAGUUUGCGGCAAAGUCUAUUUGAUUAAAGACUACUUGAAUAAACACAUGAAAACGCACACGGGAGAAAAACCGCACAGUUGUUCAGUUUGUGGGGAGAAAUUUGCUCACAAGGCUACUUUGAUAGCACACACGGCGACGCACACUGGAGAAAAACCUUUCACCUGCUCCGUUUGUGAGAAAAACUUUUCUUAUAAGUCGGACCUGACAAAACACAUGAGGACGCAUACGGGAGAAAAACCCUUUAGCUGCUCGGUUUGUGGCGAUAAGUUUGCUCGCAAGGUCUCGUUAAUUGCGCACACAGCGACGCAUACGGGAGAAAAACCUUUCACUUGCUCUGUUUGUGGCGAAAGCCUGUCCUAUAGGCACAGUUUGAAUUCACACAUGCGGACACACACAGGAGAAAAACCUUUCACGUGCUCCGUUUGCGGCGAAAGCUUUGCUCGCAAAGAAAAUCUGGUCGCGCACAUGAGAAGACACACUGGAGAAAAACCUUUCACGUGUUCGCUUUGCGGGAAAAACUUUUCUCACAAGUCAGCUAUGAGUAGACACCAGAGGGCCCACGCCAAAGAAAAAACUUUAACUUGCUCAGUUUGUGACCAGACCUUCUUGAAGAAGACCACUUUGGUGGCACACAUGCGCAAACAUAACAGACAAAAACCGCUUGCAGUCAAACAUUGGACGGACUAAAUAGUCGAUUGAAUCGAUUGUUAGAGUGUAGCUCUCAGGGCCACCUUAGUCUGAUCAGUAUUUAUGUUUUUUUCAAAUAAUUGCUGAAAACAUUUUCUGUUAUCUUGACCACACACAUUACAAUGUUAAAGCAUUUUGCAUCUGAUUUUGAUCCAUAUAUCCUAGUUUGUUUGUUGCUGUAUUCUAUGUCAUUAAAAAGUCCUGCCUCAAAUA